AUGGGCCUGGGGGACUACCACCGCUGCCAGCAGCGCACGUCGCGGGGGCUGCACGGGGCCCCGUGCCCCGCGGCGCCCUGGUCCCCGGCUCCGGCGCACGCCGCCUACGCCGCGCCCGGGAGCCCGUGGGUGGCGGGCGCGCACGAGCAGGCCCGCCUUACCAACCCCGUGCUGGAGCACCUCCGGCGGCAGCUCGAGCGCGCCUUCCAGCGGGCCGUGGCCCGCGGCCGAGCCCGGCGCGCGCGCGAGGCGGUGGAGGCGGCGGCGGCGGCCGCGGCGGCGGCGCGCGAGGAGCGAAACCGGAUGCGCAUGGAGUGCGCCCUGGCCCGGCUGCGCGCGGAGCUGCUGGAAUUGCGUUUCCAGAAUCAUCAGCUGGCCUCCACUUUACUGGAUCUAAACACGAAGAUGCGGCAGCUAAAGCAGCAGCAUGAGCUGGAUGGAGCCUCGAGACCUGGGAGCCCGGAAGACAAGGCCAUGAGCCCGUAGAGCCGGAGUGCGCCCCUGAAAAGCCGAGUGCCGCCGGUGACGUGCACCGCUCUGCAGCAAUCCUGAGCCCUUAAAAUAGCAUAGGCAGCUCUGAAACGGUUCUAACUUUAGCAUUAGGAAUAUUUUUUCCUGAGUUCCAAGGGACAGUUUGUAGACCAAAAACUUAGAUGAUAAGAGGAAGAGACAAAAAGGAAAAAGAAAAAAAGAAAAAAAAAAAAAAAGCUUAAGGAAGAGGAGAGGGAAAAUGGUGUGUUAGCAAGUUGUAAAAAUGUUCAUUCAUUGGUUUUAUUUUAUUUUAUUCUAUUUUUAUGAAGGAAAGUGAGGAGGAGGUACGUCAGGGCCUUAGCCACUGCAACUGAACCCCAAACACGUGCUCCACCUGUGUGUCACCUUGUGCAGCUGGCUUCUGUGGGUUCUGGGGAGUUGAGCCUGGGUCCUUAGACUUUGCAGGCAGGAGUCUUACUUGCUAAGCCAUCUUUCCAGCCUUGGUUUUAUUUUUAGAAGAAGUGAAAGAGGAAGAAAAACAAAAACAUCACAGAGUGCCUUAAGACCAACUUCCAGUGUUCCUUUCUGUUACCUUUUUUUUUUUUUUUUCCCCUUGGCAUUGUUUGAACUUCCAGAAUCUGCACUUGUUUUCAUUUUCAUUGAUUAUUUAUUCAUCUGUUCAGAACUCUUCUACAUUUGUUAAAACUACAAAAUUGCUUUUUCUUGGAUUCCAACUAUACCCUUUAGGUGGUCUGCAUAAUUUUGUGGUGGAUAUCGAUGUAUAUCCUAUGUCUUGCUUUCAUUUUGGUACAUGAAAUAUCCCAGUAGCCUCAUAAAAUCCCUUGCCUCAGUUUAUUCAAGUUUAAGUUUCAUGAUUAAUACUCAAAACUUCCUAACAUAUUCAAUACUUUUUAGAGUUAAAAUAGUUCUUAUUAAUGAAUUAGAAAUAUCCUGUCUCUUUAAAAUGCUAUCUAUUGCAAAAAUAAAGCUAAUAAAAAUACUUGCAAGCCUA